AUGUAAAUAAAUGGCCGUUUAUCUUCUUAUUAAAUUCAUUCAGAGAUUAAUGUCGAGAAGGAAGCUGCUGAAAUGGCAUCCAGAAUUAUGGAUCGAGUUCGUCAAAAACAAAAUAUCAAAUCUUCAUAAAGACUUACCAUCAAAGGUGAAGCCUUUAGAUCUACUGAAUAUCAAGGCAGAUUGUCAGAAUUUUCAUCCAUACGUCAAGGAACAAAUUCAAUCAGAGACAAAAAAGAAAUAGAUUUUAAAUCUAAUUUCAGACAAUCUCAAUCAACUUACAAUCAGUUUUAAUCGAAUCCAAAACAUAUUGAAAUAGUAAAGACACCUUAAAAAUUUAACUUAAAAUUAUAAUCAUCAACUGAAUUAAAUGAUUUGCAUCAACAAACCAUCAAUUUACACAAUAAUUAUUAUCCUCCUGAACCAUAAUCUUAAUCUACCACUGAUAAACCAGACAGCAACAAACUUAUUAAAUUGAUGUAAUCAAUUAAUCAAUUUAUUUUAGGGAUACCAUGAAUAGCAUUGUUAAUGGAAAAUCAGAAUCAAAUGUAAAAAAUAGAAAAAUUGAUAGUAUCACUCACUCUAAAUCCAUUUUAAGUAAUAAAACUACUCAAAUUUCAACUCCUCUUAAAUUAAAUAAAGAAGAAAUAGUUUCACAAUUAUUAGGCAGUCUUAGAAACUCUAAUAAAUACUCAGAAUAUGCAAACUCAGGCUAAAAAUGAAUCUGCAC